AUGUCUUAAAUAAAGAAGAUUGAUAUACUUUUUAAAAAAUAGAUGCAACUCAUCACAUUUUACUUAUGAGUUAUGACGAUUAAAGUAUGCUAUGUCGCCCUACUUAGAGAUGACAAUUUCGACCUGACCUAUUUUACCUGACCUGUUUGGCCUGUUUUGGAGCGGGCAUGGGUACUCUCAUCGACUCGAUAUCUCCUGACCAGCCCCAUUCUCGACCCGUUCUUGCCUAAAUUACAUGCGAUCUUAGUCAAAUUACUUAGGAUUUUUCUUUUAUUACAUAAUAUUUUAGCCAUAACAAAGUUGUAAAUUAGUGAAAACCUCAAUUUCUCCAAUAAUUUAACUACAUUUAUCAUAAUAUGGUUUGUUUUCUUGGUCUUAUAAUGAAAUUAACGAAUAUUUCUAAUGUUUUCCAUAUAAAUUGUAUACUCAUUGGGUCGACCUGCCCCGACCCGCGAUCCAUGAUAAUUUACCUGACCUGGACCCGACAUGUCACAGAACCGAUAUGAAUAUCAUGGUACCUGCCCGGACCUGCCCCAUUACCAUUCCUAGCCCUACUAAUAAACGAUAGUAUGAAAUUCUUCCUACCUAAAUUAAUCAAAUUCCAAAGCAAUCCGAAUCCUUGACUAGCACGCUCUCAAAAUAUUAUAUCAGACUUUUCAUUGAAACAUGUAUCUUAAGCUUAUCCGAGCAUUAACACUGUAACUGUUUUACCUUUUUCAGGAUAACUGAAUGUUGACCAAUUUGACAAGUCCCAGAAAUGAAAGUGCCCUUUGAAAUAGUGGACUAUCAACCAGUUUCAAAAAAAGCAACAGGCAGUCAGUCAAACUUCUCCUCUAGGCCGUCUUACUCUCGAAAUUUCAUAAUCAGGGAAAAAAGCUCAUUAGCUAACUACCCCAUUAACUUCCUGGAACAAGCCAAAAAGGCCAGGGGAGAAACCAUUCCUAGAUUCUCCACUCCACAAAUUGGCCUAAAUUUUAUAUUAUCAUCAGUCAUGACCACCAAGUUGGACGAAUUUUUUAUACUAUUGUUACGGCUUUCACGUGCCCAUCCUUUGAUCUCAGCAACAUUUCCAUUCUUGGAUACUGCAAUUAUUGCCGUCAACAAUCAGCAUAGAGCAGCGAACAGAGCCCCCAAAACAACCCACGGAGAUGAGCUCCGCCGCCACCGUGACCUCCGCCGCCUUCCUCUUUUGGUUCUUGCUCAGUUCCGUUUCCCAGGCGGCAGCUGGUCCGACCAGUAUUGACACAGACAAGGAGGCCUUGCUGGCGUUCAGGUCUCAGGUAUCAUCUCAACCCCCUGCUGUGUUCUCUUCCUGGGACGACGGCCAAGCUUCAUCUUCUUCUCCUUGCAACUGGACCGGAGUUUCCUGCGACGAGAGUGGGAGUCGAGUGGUGGCCCUCGGUCUAUCCGGUUUGGGUCUGGUCGGGACGAUCACCCCUUUCAUAGGCAACCUGUCGUUUCUCCAGUCGCUUGAGCUUCACAACAAUCAGUUCACGGGGAACCUUCCUGACCAAAUCUGCAGCCUUGUUAAGCUGAGGGUUCUGAACAUGAGUUCCAACAGGUUGGAAGGUUCUAUCCCGGGGAACGUAAGCAGGUUGGCAGAGCUUAAAGUUCUGGACUUGUCGAUGAAUUCAUUCACGGGUUGGGUUCCAAAUCAACUGGGCUCGCUUCUCCAUCUUGAAGUUCUCAACUUGGGGAGUAAUCUUCUCUCGGGUCCGAUUCCUGCUUCCAUAUCGAAUAUCACGUCACUUGUGGAAUUGCACUUGAGCACGAAUUCCUUCUCCGGGUCGAUUCCUGGGGAAUUGAGUCUUCUGCGAAGCUUGGAAGUUCUUGAUCUGACCAUCAAUGAACUCACUGGUACGGUUCCUUCAACCAUCUACAACAUGUCUUCUUUAACCUAUUUAGCAUUGGCUUCCAACCAGCUAUGGGGUACAAUACCUGGAAAUGUUGGGGAGACUCUUCCCAAUCUUCUCGUCUUCAGGUUCUGCUUCAAUAGGUUCACUGGAGGGGUUCCUGGUUCGCUGCACAAUCUCACCAAUAUGCGGGUCAUUAGAAUGGCUCAUAAUCUUCUGGAAGGAACCGUACCUCCAGGUUUGGGGAAUCUUCCAUUCCUGGAAAUGUAUAACAUUCGCGGCAACAGGAUAGCAAGUUCAGGCACUGAUGGUCUUGGAUUCAUCACUUGUUUGACCAAUAGCACCCGACUGAAACUCCUUGCCAUUGACGAAAACCUUUUCGAGGGCGAGAUUCCAGAAUCUGUAGGGAAUCUUUCGAAAGAUCUGACCCUAUUGUACAUGGGAGAUAAUCGAAUUCAUGGGAGUAUACCGUCCUCAAUUGCCCGUCUUCAUGGCUUGACAUUGCUGAACAUCAGCUAUAAUGCAAUCACCGGACAAAUCCCGGAUGAAAUUGGGCAGUUAGAGAAUUUGCAAGAGUUGAUCUUGGCUGGGAAUAGAAUCCAAGGAAGGAUUCCAGAUUCAUUUGGUAAGCUCCAAAGGCUGAAUGUGAUGGACCUGUCAAGAAAUGAGCUAGUGGGUAGAAUUCCAUCGAGUUUUGGGAAUUUCCACAGCCUCGUUUCCAUGGAUUUAUCUAGCAACAGGUUGAAUGGAAGCAUACCAAAAGAAGUCUUCUCUCUCCCAAGCUUGAGCAUAGCUUUGAAUCUGUCUCGCAACUACCUAACUGGGGAACUGAACGAAGAUUUGGGGCUUCUACACAAUGUUGUCACCAUUGAUCUCUCUUCCAACUUCCUGUCAGGCAACAUUCCAAUCUCAAUCAGAAAUUGCAAGGGCCUAGUUCGGCUGUUCAUGGCAAGAAAUUCACUGUCAGGAAGCAUUCCAAGCACUAUAAGAGAAAUGAAAGGGCUGGAAGUCCUAGACCUGGCCUACAACAAUCUUUCUGGUGUCAUUCCUCCAGAACUACUCCACCUAGAGGCUCUUCAGUUCUUGGACCUUUCGUUCAAUAACUUGGAGGCAGAUACUUGUAGCAAAACACUUUCAAAAGUACGAUUUGAAGGCAACCCGAAGCUGCUUUCCCUUUCUACGUCCUGUAAGAAAGUUGGUGGAUCUAGUAGCAAGAAACUAAUGGUGGUCUAUGUUAGUGUUGCAGUUAUAGCAACACUAGCUUUGUGCUUCUACCUUGUCACAUGGGUCUACCUAAGGAAGCACACAGCGAAGGCCACUGGCAACUUAGAGGGGGACGAACAUCAACUGGUCUCGUUCGAAGAGCUCCGCCGAGCAACAGAAAACUUUAGCAGCGAGAAUCUGCUGGGAAGCGGUGGAUUCGGAACAGUUUACAGAGGGAAAUUGUCGGAUAACAGCGUGGUGGCAGUCAAGGCACUGAACGUGAAAAGAACUGGCUCAAGGGACAGCUUUCUGGCAGAGUGCAAGGCUCUAAGCAAUGUGAGGCACCGGAAUAUUGUGAAGCUGGUCACAACAUGCUCGAGCUGGGACUCCGAGAACCAAGAAUUCUGGGCUCUAGUCUACGAGUUCCUACCGAAUGGGAGUCUUGCAGACUGGCUACAAGCUGGCAAAGAUGGUGAAAAGAGAGACCGGUUGACUCUGCUACAGAGACUGAACAUAGCUAUCGAUAUUGCCAGCGCCCUAGAUUACCUACACCAUGGCUGCCAAGUCCCCGUAGUACACUGCGACUUAAAACCCAGCAACAUCUUAUUAGACCAAGACAUGACGGCUAAAGUUGGAGACUUUGGACUCGCCAGGCUGCUGAUAGAGCAAAUGGCGGGCGACCAUAAGGCUCCCAUUAGCUCAUGCAAUUUCAUCAAAGGGUCCAUUGGGUACAUUCCUCCAGAGUAUGGAGUGGGGUCAAAACCUUCGAUAGCAGGGGACACUUACAGCUUUGGGGUGAUGCUAUUGCAGCUGUUCACCGGGAAGAGCCCGAUCGACGAAGGGUUGAUGGAGAGCGAGCAGAGCCUUAUGGGUUGGGUCCGAUCCGCUUACCCGGGAGAAGUGAUGGAAGUUGUGGAUCCGGAUGUGGUCUCGUCCGUGAAACCCGAAAUGGAAGAGCAAUGCCUCGUCAAGAUUCUGGGAGUUGGACUGUGGUGCAGUGCUGGAUCCCCUGAUGGCCGGAUCUCCAUGAGAGACGCGCUGUGGAAUCUGCAGGCCGCGAGGAGAGAUCUUGUUGCCAGUUAUCUCCGGAGGCUCAAGCAAUAGGGAAUUAGGGGCUGUAAUUAAUUACUAAUUAGUAGGUAUGAUUAAUUUGUUAAUUAUAGUUCUCUUUUUUGCCCGGCCUUCCUGCCUUUGCUUCAUCUCUCAUUUGUUCAUUGAUUUUGUUUUUGUUUUUGUUUACAAUUGCAUGUUGGAAAUGUACAUACAAUAGCCACCAAGUUUGGCUUAAUGAAAGCUGUUCUUAUGUAAUGUAAGUCUUUAGGACAAUGGCAAUAUUAUUAUCAAAUAAUAAUACAUAAAUUGCGGCUCGAUGCAUAAAGGUUGGUACAAGUUAAUUCCAAUUUCUUAUUGUUAUGUGUUGCUAUGAUUUGAAAACAGAUUAUUCUGCCAUCGACUGGAAAUCAUGGAGUCGUUGAUGUCCGUAAGUUGAAAGAUCUUUUGAGUAUUGAGUUUGAGAUGAAGGAUUUGGGAGCUGCUUACAAGAUUUUGGGUUUGGAAAUUUACAAAGAAAAUAGAUUAGAAGAAGCUUUCAUUGUCACAUAAAAGUUACAUUGAAAAGACAUUGUCCAAGUUUGGCAUGUCAUCAGCAAAGCUUUUAAAUACUCCUAAUGCUAAAUAUUCAUCAAAUUCUCGGUCUAUGCACUUCAAUCCGAAGCUGGGAAGGAGUACAUGUCUCGAGUCACAUACUCUAGUGCAUUAGGUAUCUUGAUGUAUGUUAUAGUAUUCACUAGACUUGAUCUUGCAUAUGAUGUUGUAGUUGUCAGCAUGUUCAUGGUGCAACCUCGGAAGGAACGUUGGCAAGUUGUGAAUAGGAGUUUCAGUUACCUUAAAGGUGCGUCUUAUGUGAGAAUUAACUUUGGAAGUGAUACAGAGUGCUUGGUGGCUUGUUAUUCAUAUUCCGAUUAUGAUGGAGUGUUGAUACAAAGAGACCGAUGAUUAAUUAUCUAUUAUUCGCUUUUGGAGGUUCUAUAGUUUAGUUGGAAGGCGCUAUGCAGUCUAAAGUUACUUUGUCUACUACACAAGGAUAGUACAUGACGCUAACACAAUUAGCUUUGGAGGGAGUAUGAUUAAAGGGAUCGGUUGGUGAUGUGAGUUUACAUCAUGAUCAAACUGUGAUUUAUAAUGACAGUCUGAGUGCAAUAUGUUUUGCUAAGGAUCAAGCCCAUCAUGAGAGGACUAAACACAUGGAUGUGAU